AUGAAGUUCUCAACUCGAAACGCCUUCUACCUCCGAGCCUCGAACUAUCGGAUAGUGCCAUUGUUCUUGUACUUGGACGAACGACAUGUGGACUGGAUGUCGGAUCGUGUGCUCCAGCUGGUCAUCGCAGACCUCAAGGAUAACAUCAGCUACAAUGAGGACGGCGAAGAGGAGGUCAACAUCGAGGAGGAUGAGGUUCUCGUUAAGGACGAGCCUGUGACUCCUCCGGGUGAGCCAGCGGACGAUACCGCCCCGCCAACGGCGAUUGAAGCAGAGGCAGAGGAGGACCCAGAUGAACGCGGAGAACUCGACAUUAAGCAGAUGAAACCUGACGUUUCUCUCUCGUAUCAAGGCAAAGCCGUAUCCGCCUUUGCCGCCCAGUCAAUACGCUCCGCCGGCGUCACGGCUGUCGACGCGCAAUACACGUCUGCAACCCCUGCACCGCCGCAACGGGGCCCGACGCCCUCGAUGCGCAACAUGCGAAACGCUUCCCGCUCUGUGUCCGUCGCUCAAACCCCAGGGCCGUCGGCGUCAGGCAGGGGUUGGAGCGCGACGCCAGGCCCGGGCGCCUCUGGUGGUGGACGCAGUGCGACACCAUUGUUCUACCCCGCUGAUACGUCGUACGAUCUCGACGAGGAGGACGAGGAGGCGCAUGAGGAGUACACACAGGCACUGCGGGAAGGGCGCCUCAGGCUCCCGAGUGUUGCUCCGAGAGAAGACGAGGACGAGGACGAGAAUCCAGAUGAUGUCCCUGAUGGCAUUGAGAAAAUGGGCGAGAGAAUGAUGCUCAGUAGUAUCAUCGAAGAGGGCGUUGUUAGAAACUACGGAGGCUGGGAGGAGAGGGCUGAGGGGGAAGACAGCGACGUUUUGGGUAGGCAAGACCCGGAGUAG